AAAGUUUUAGGAAAAAAAAAAUUGUAAUUUUUACUUCUUCAUUAUGCGAAUCGUGCCAAAAUCUUUUGUAUGUCCUCUUGGCGACUGCAAGAAGGUUGUGCAGCCCUCGGAUCUUUUGCGUCACGUAUUAACUGCGCAUAUGGGAAGCGCUGGAAGUCGCACUGUACUGGAGAUACCGCUUCGGUUCCGUGAGGUAUUUCGAGGUCAGUCGACGCUGAUGCACCUGCCCUACAAUCGCAUGAAACUGGAUACAGACGAGUGCUUGGCCGUUCUCAAUUACGCCGGCGAUGAGCAACAGCAGCCUCAGACAAUGCCCGGUUUCUGUGGGCUGACGGCACCCCAACGCAAUCUUCCGCGUCUGCAACAGGUCUACAGCCAUCAUCUGCCCAUACUCGUGAUGGCCUGCAAGACUACGUGGCAAGCGGUGCUCUCUAAUAUGCCCGCACGGCCCGAGGAUGUGUGCUACAACGACGAUAAUUAUGUGAUUUUACUGUGGCUGCUAUCUCCACCGACGACGACUCCGUGCCAUGCCACGAUGAGUGUCCUGAAUAGCGCAUUAAGGUGCGGCCUCCGAAAGAGACGAGAAGUCCGAGACUUUUCCACACGCAUGGCCAUCGAUCAGUUCAUAUUGGGCUACGAUCCACACUACUGUAUCCUGUCGCAGGGCGAACUGAGGGAGCUGUGCGGCUCUCACUCGGCAUUCAUUGAGGUGGUCAUCCAUGGGGCAUAGUGGCUACAAAGUUCAAAACACAUCUAGAUUGUGUCCCGGUCAGUUCAAAACAUUGCACACACUUUGUAAACUUUGUUGCAUUUAAUAUUUCAAAAUUUAUGCAAAUUACACAAAUUUCUAUCAUCGAA